GUCAUUGGCAGAGGCGGGCGGGCUGUCACCUCCCUCCGCCCAGCUGUCAGUGGACAGCAGCAGCAGCGGCACACAUGAUACUCGGUGCUUCGCGAACAAAUACAUGCUUCGUGGCGCUCGGAGCUGCACGACACCAUGACGGGAAACAUCAGCCCGGUUACUGCUGCCAACUGACUGGGGAAAGGAAGACCUAGCAUCGCGCUGACCGUAUGCGGUCCGUAUAGUUAGCUUGUCCCGCUAGCGAAGGUCGGGGGACUAUCGUCGGCGAACUGGUGGUCUAGUGUAGUAGUUCAGCCUUUAUUUUCAGGUCUUUUAAUGUCUUCGCUUCGUGGUAGUGUUGUUCAGUCGUUUUAUUAAUCGUUGCGUCUCAUGAAUUCAUUUUCUUGUGUGUUUAAAUGGGCAAGUGGUUGGCGUUUUUCAGCUAGCAUGCAGGCUAGUCGACUGAGCUAACACAGUAGUGAGACAUCAUCGCCAGCUUACAGGGUAACAGUCCGGGAGGGAGCAAGCAACUACUGAUGUCGGCUCAGGGACGGACUGGACAGUGUGGGGGAGAAAACGCUGCCGCCCUGUAAAUAUAUGAUUUUAAGCCAUUUCUCAAAUAUUGGGUAGUAACUGAACAGAGACGAUUUGACUGGCUAAAUGGAGAGUGUUGUUAGUGUUCACUGAGCGGUGGGCUGGUGGCCGCUGUGCCAGCGAGAAGAAAACACACUCCUCUUCAAGAUUAGUUGCCUGAAAAGAUGGCUACAGCGAGUAGCAUUGCCGCAUCUAUUGCGAGCAAAACGAAGACCAAGAAGAAGCAUUUCGUUGCCCAGAAAGUGAAGCUCUUCCGUGCCAGCGACCCCCUGCUCAGCGUGCUCAUGUGGGGAGUAAACCACUCGAUAAAUGAGCUGAGUCAUAUUCAGAUCCCCAUCAUGCUCAUGCCAGAUGAUUUCAAGGCCUAUUCCAAGAUAAAAGUGGAUAACCACCUAUUUAAUAAGGAGAAUAUGCCAAGCCAUUUCAAGUUCAAAGAGUACUGUCCCUUGGUCUUUCGGAAUCUCAGAGAGAGGUUUGGAAUCGAUGAUCAGGAAUUUUCGAACUCUCUCACACGUAGUGCACCCUUGAACAGUGAGGCACAAGGACGUAGUGGGGCUCGCUUCCACACCUCUUAUGACAAACGCUAUGUCAUCAAGACCAUCAGCAGUGAGGAUGUUGCCGAGAUGCACAACAUCUUAAAGAAGUAUCAUCAGUUCAUCGUGGAGUGUCAUGGCAACACACUGCUGCCACAGUUUCUUGGGAUGUACCGCCUGACAGUGGACGGAGAUGCAUCUUACAUGAUUGUCACCCGCAACGUCUUCUCGCAUCGCCUUUCUGUCUACAAAAAAUAUGAUCUCAAGGGGUCCACUGUGGCAAGAGAGGCCAGUGACAAAGAGAAGCAGCCGCCCCAACCAGAGGAUGUGCCCCCACGGCCCAAAUCUGGUAACGUGCAGCAAAGGCUGCAAACACUACGGAUUGCUACGCGCUUUUACUGCGCCAUGAAACACGUAAGAGAUGCUAAGGAGCUGCCCACCUACAAGGAUAACGACUUCAUCAAUGAUGGUCAGAAGAUCCACAUCGACGGGGAGAAUAAAAAGAUGUUCCUGGAGAAAUUGCGGAAAGAUGUAGAGUUUCUGGCUCAGUUGAAGCUGAUGGACUACAGCCUCCUGGUAGGGAUUCAUGACGUGGAGCGAGCUGAGCAGGAGGAGGUGGAGAGUGAAGACAAUGAGCCCGAGGAGGAGGGUGAGAGUGACGGAGGAGGCAUUGGGACGCCUCCUGACAGUCCGAGCAACACACUGGACAGCACCAAGCACCUGUCGCCAGGAGAGUUUGACCCCACUAUUGAUGUUUAUGCCAUCAAGAGCCACGACGGCGCAUCCAGGAAGGAGGUUUACUUCAUGGCCAUUAUCGACAUCCUGCAGCAUUAUGAUGCCAAGAAGAAAGCUGCCCACGCAGCCAAAACAGUCAAGCAUGGGGCUGGAGCAGAAAUCUCCACAGUGAACCCAGAGCAGUACUCCAAGAGGUUUUAUGAUUUCAUCACCACCAUCCUGUCGUAGCGCCCAGAGUCAGCAGGAGACACAAAGGCGUAUGAGAGCAUGAGGAAGAGAGGGGAAGAAAAAAAAAGCUUUGUGUGACUGUCCCUGGCCCACUGUCCUCACCCCUACCUUUUAUCUCUUUUAUUUACAGUGGGGGUGCCACACUCUGCAGCUAAAAAAAAGGUUUACAUUUGACAUCUUUACUUUGACGUGUACAAGGUCGAUGAGAGGAAGUCUUGUUUGUUUUUUGUGUCGUUGUUAAACGUUUCUGUGUUGUCGUGGGAAUGCAGAUUUAGUGAAGUGAGUUUUUUAUUUCAGUGUUGGUGUGCAGUUUUAUCGUCGGGGAGAAUGUGUGGAAAUCCACGUUGUAUAGUCAGGUCACAUGACAGCGUUGAGCCUUGUCUAAUGCUUCAUUUCAGGGAGUCAAAAGCAGUCUUCCAAUAGGUCAACCACAGCGCCCUCCCCAGGAGCUCUCACUCAGGCUCUUCCACAGAUCCUGCUCCUUCAAAUGUCGCUCAUGAAGUUCGCAUCCUGCUCUGCUUGCUGACUGAAUUCAUGCAAGGCAGUGUAAAUCUAUGGUGCUGUGAUGUGACAUGUCACGGCGAGUGAGGUUUUUGUCCGACUGUGAGCAGCACAGUUGGUUUAUGCUAACGUUUGCAGUGCGAUGUGCAGUAUUUGUUUCAACAUCUGGAACGGAGAAGGAUUUUGUUUCUCUGCGUUCAGAUCCCACCAGGUUCAAGCACUUAGGUCAUUUUGUGAUAAUCCCACCAUGGAAGUCUUCAAACUAAGAUGUGAAAAAACAAUGUCUUUCUUCCCUAUAAUGUUGUGAGGUUCAAUGGCAGAAAGGCACUAAGUUACUACGCAACUCCGUCUUGGUAGUCGUGAGUCUUGGACGUCGAAGUUGCAAACUGAAAAUCUCACAUAUGCAAGAUUUUUUUAAUCUCUCCUCGUUGGUUGCCCCUGAAUGCAUUAGGGCAUUUUUUAUCCUUUUGGUUCUACUCCUGUGGCAGGAACAGUGGUGGAGUGUUGACGUCAGUGUUGUGUUUUGUGAGUUGUUGAGUUGUGAGUGGCCCCAUCACUUUCGUUGCCAUCAGCACCUUAUAUACAAACGAGAAAUGUUGCACUUUGAUUUGUCCCCAUAGACGAGGAGCUCUUGUUCUGUUACGAUCAAGCUGAAUCCGACAGUUUCAGCUCCUCUGGAUGGGAAUGCUUUACCCCAAUAUCUGAUGAGCUUCUGUAACCGUACCUGUAGAAACGUGACGUGGACAGUGUUUGUGGCGGCCCAGGUGCAGCUCCAGAGGGCCCGCUUGAGGAUGGCACCGGCACUGUUGCAGAGGAGACGACAAAAUAGUGAUGUAAUGACUCGCACCUCCGCUGCAACUCAGCUCGCGCUGUUGAUGUUCUUCUGAGUCGAUGUAGUGAAUAAGUGUUGUUUUUCGUCUGAGGAUUAUUUUGUAUAUUUUGCACAAGAGGAAAGUAACCAAAUGUUACGACACAGUUACAGUAACAGACUUAUCAAGGGAAAUGCAAUAUUCAUGUACGUGAUGGAGUUGUGGUGAUGUUGUGUGUCGCUCCAGGAUAACCUUCGAGAAAAAAGUUAUCAUUAACCCCUUGCAAAAAAAAAAAAAAAAAGAGAAAGAAAAUGCAACAAAAAAUUCACAAAGUUUGUAUAGAUGUCAGAUUAUAUUUGCGUUUAUAUUUUUACAUUUUAGUCUGGAGAUAUAGUUGUAUUUAAAACGGGAGCCGUUUUUGGAACGUAAGCGCUCGCUGUGGUCAAUGAAGAACCUUGCUUGAAUUUAACCCUUGAUGUUCUUUCAGAAGUCCAGCCAGUAUAGUCCUGCAUGUCACAAGUUCCCUCUGUAGUCAGUGUUGACUGUCUCGGUUUAUUUCUUGUCGCCACAUUUAACCAGACGUGUGAGCUGUCAGUCAUCCUGUCCUCGCUUUGAAAUAACAGUUUUCAUUGUAUACACUGUGCAAGAUGUGUGCCUUUAUACUCCAAAUGUAUUUAAUUUUAUACGCUUGUCUUUUUUAAGAACAACUCUUAUUUUCUUAACCCAGUUUCACUUCCUUUUUACUGUUCCGCCCCUAAAUGAUUGUGUUCUCGUUCCAUUUGUCUCGGACGUUAGAAGAGAGCAGAGCGAAAUCGCGAGCUUGGAGAAGUCGAUGCAAUGUGACAUCGCCCACUGUUGGCGAGGGCGCGUCCAAUAUGAAAGCUGUUGACAGGCAGAGGAUCAUUGGAGUGUUUACGUCCACUGAGGAGAGCACGUUGGAUCUUGGGCAAUAAAAAUAAAACAAAUAUAUGAAGAGCUGACAAUCAGCUGGAGCCGCGUAUAGAGAACCUAAUAUAAAAUUGACUCUGCACUUUUGAAAAACUUAAAUCUUAACCCUCCCCCAGAAACAACUUCCGAGUACAAAUGGAACGCCACUCAAGCAGUGUGAAAUUGUGUAAACUAUUUUCUGUUGACCUGAAUUUGAUGUCCUUUUUAAAGAAUGUGUGUUGUACCGUGCUCUUCCUCAAUGACUGCUGUUGGUUGACAUCAGCAUCUUUCAUCAGAUUUCUGUUGUGUGUUUCUGUCGUACGUUGACCCGUCUCACCUCCGUAUGGGAAAGAGGCACCUGUUUCGACUGCCAUACAAAAAUAGCCUGCGACUGGCUUCAGCAGAGGGAAGCGUGUGACCGAACCAUGAGUUCAUCGAUGGAAAGCAGAGGUGCAUGCUGGGGUGAUGGCUCACGGCCCUGCUGCUGCAACAUGACAUGCUUUUCCUCGAAGAGGAGCGAGCAGCUGCUCUGCUGCUGCAGGUGUUCACUUGCCAAACGCAUCUGUUGAGACGCCACACCAGCUGGAGGUGGAGGUCUUGUGCGCUUCCUUUGUUUUUAAACGCUGAAUUCUCUGUGAACUGAGUUACUGAAACGGCUCGACUGGUCACACAGGCAGGACCUGAUGAUCGGACUCAUGCAGUCGAUAUCUGGACUCACCGUUCAAAGCCAUGUGCUGAAGAGAUGUAGAAGGUUUGCAUGCUGAGGGUGAGUGUGUGUGUCUACUGCUGAUAAGAGUUUGAGUGGCAUCCAGGCCAAAAUGAUCUUUGUUUGUUGUUGUUCACAUAAUAAUAGUAAUAGUACACACUCCAUUCCAUUCAUGUUCACUCAAAGCAAUUAAAAGCACUUGUUCUGCUUCA